UUAAAAUUCAGUAAGCUAGCGAAUGAGUUACAGAUAAGUCUAUCCAUUCCACUGGCCGAACAAUAUUUUGAACAGGUUACUCGUGGAAAAUAUUUUAAACGUCAUCGUCAUCAUCAGGCCCGAAGUGUUUGUGGUGCUCCCCCGCAGUGUUUUUUUUUUCAUACAAAUUCAUGUUUUCCAUCAAAAUGUGCAUCUUGUUUGAUUAAAAGUUUUAAUAUUCCAAUGUAAUAAAUGUUUUUGUAACCUGCACGUUUCUAAGUGUUGUCGUCAUCGUUGAUAAAUAGAGAUAUCCUCUAAGCACGUCGUCGUCGCUAUCACCGCCGGCCGCAGUCUCCAGCGCCGCUGUCUGUCGUAGCUGCCUGUAUCGCCUAUAAUUUAUACCGACUUGACAAACUAAGUGCUAGAGUAUACUUUCAAAAGGUCUCGAAAAAGAAAUAAUUUGAAAAAAGACGUAUCUCUCAAAAUGGGGUCCAUUAAUUGCAAGGAAUACAAGACAAAGAACAAUCCAGCGUGUGCGCAGGAGAAUGAUGUUGACACAGGCUCUUAUAAAUUUAGAUCAGAAUCCGAUAUGGAAGACAUAAUUGAAAAAGUCGUUUGCAACGACUCCGAUAUUCAAGAAAAUGAAAUGAAACAACUAAAUUUCGAUGAUGAUUCUAAAAUUCUACUAAUCAAACAAAAUGGCAUAUUAACAGCAAUUGGCAAUAAAUGUUCUCACUAUGGAGCACCAUUGCACACAGGAGGUCUAGGAGACGGGCGUGUCCGUUGCCCAUGGCACGGCGCCUGUUUUAAUACUGAAACAGGAGACAUUGAAGAUUUUCCCGGGUUGGAUUCAAUUCCCUGCUAUAAGGUUAAAGUUGAAAAAGAUGGACAGGUCAAAGUUCAAGCCAAGAAAAGCGCUUUGGACAAGAACAAACGUCUCAAGGACAUGGUACGCCGGGAUGAGAAUGACGAUCGGACAAUUGUAGUCGUUGGUGGAGGACCAUCGGGCGGAGUGUGUGUGGAAACGCUUCGUCAGGAGGGCUUUACUGGCCGAAUUGUAAUGCUUUGCAAAGAGAAUAGCCAACCAUACGAUCGAGUAAAAGUAAGCAAAACUCUCGAUCCAGAUAUUUCAAAAAUGCAAUUCCGCAACCUAGAGUUUUACAAUGAAUACGGUAUUGAAUUGAUGUUGGGCGUAGAAGCAACGAAAUUAGAUACAGUCGAAAAGACUGUUUCUUGUUCAAAUGGAUAUAUUAUCAAAUUUGAUAAGAUUUACAUCGCAACUGGAUCUCAAGCAGUGAAGGUCCCAGUACCUGGAGCGGAAUUGGAAAAUAUAUUCACAGUGAGGGACCAUGCGGAUUCUCUUGAAAUAAAUGCACUUAUUUCAAAAGAUCUUGAUGUUGUAUGCUUGGGUUCAAGUUUCAUUGCUCUCGAAGUUGCUGCAGCGUUGGUGAAAAAAGUUAAAAGCGUCACACUCAUUGCUCGGCAAAAUGUUCCACUAAAACAUACUUUCGGAGAAGAAAUCGGUCAGAGAGUUUUGGAGCUUUUCAAAGAGAACAACGUUAAUAUGGUUAUGAAUAGUGGUAUUAAAGAAAUAAUUGGCACAAAUGGAAAAGUAUCAGAAGUGGAACUAACAGAUGGUACAAAAAUACCAUGUGGAAUGUGUAUUAUGGGCACUGGUUCCCGAUUUUACACAGAUUUUCUCCAAGACUCUGGAGUCAACGUUAACUCGAAUGGAUCCAUCGACACUGAUAGUCACUUGAUGACAAAUGUUCCAGAUGUUUAUGUCGGUGGAGAUAUCGCCAAUUCUCCAGUUUACACAAUUGGCAAUGCACUUGCAACAAUUGGACAUUACCAAUUGGCUCAGUAUCACGGACAUAUUGCAGCUAAGAAUAUGGCCGGAAAAUCUGAAGAACUGCGGGCAGUUCCGUUCUUUUGGACGGUGUUAUUUGGAAAAGGUUUUCGUUACUCCGGUUAUGGGAAACCAACUGAAAUUAAAAUUAUCGGAAACGUACAGGAACUCAAAUUUGUUGCUUUUUACUUGGAUGGGGAGAAUAAUGUAAUUGCAGCUGCUUCGUGUAAUCGUGAUCCAAUUGUGGCGCAGUAUGCUGAACUCUUAGCAAUGGGUAAGACAUUGCAAAAAGACGAUUUGGAGGCGGAGGAUCCAUUUGCCUGGACGCAAAAAUUAAUCAAAACUGAUGUCAGAGUUUGCUGAGUUAGGUUUGCCUCCAAGUGUGAGAUAUUUACUUAAAAUCAACCGAAGCUUUUUCAAAGAAUCAAACAUAUUAUGCCUCUGUAUAUUUAAUGUACCUAUUUUUAUUUUGUAAAUAUUAUUUGAUGUUCCAUGA